ACCUCUGCAGCAUCCCAAGCUGAUGCCCCAACAUUCAGCGCUCCUGCCAAGAGGACAGACGCAAGAGGAAGAAAAUCAUCCUUUUCAAUUCCAUCACAAAGCGAGGAGUAGGAGGAGUCAGUUGAGUGAGAUAGUGAUGCUCCCAGCAGGUGCCAACAAGUGAGAGGUAGCCCAGAGACUGAGAAGGAAGGAGAUGGAGAAGAGUCUGUGAGAGCAGAAGACACCAAGACCUCUGAGAGAAAACAACCCAACAGUAUAUUUUCAGUCCUCCUGCACCAGUUUUUCCUGUCCGUCAUCUCUGCUGCCAUGCUGUGUCCUGUGCUCCUUUGUGCCACUCUGCUCCUCCUGACACCCCUGGAGAUCACAGAGGCUCGUGCUCUGCACCCUUCUCCCGAUGCUGUGCAGUUCAUGGAGCAGUUUCUGGAACGAUACAAUGACCUUUUGACCCUGGACGACCUGGAGAACCUGUUGAACACCCAACCGGAGGAGCAGUCCACCUUCUCCUCGGGGGUCAAAGCAGCCGAGUACCCCAAAUGGGCCGACGCACAGACGCAAGCCGAGACCCCCUGGCUGCGCCUGCUGAAGGGGGCUCUGGCCAACCAGAAGCGAGCAGAACCAGACAGGUCACGGAGGGGAUGGAACCGAGGAUGCUUUGGGCUGAAACUGGAUCGAAUCGGGUCUAUGAGCGGACUGGGCUGUUAGUGGAGGGAAAGUAAAGACUGAUGACAUCCUUCUUAGAGUAUAUUAAGGAAAAACACACAUGCAGAGACAUGCAGUGAAGGAUGUUUACAUGCGUGUAGACUACAUGUAGUAUGGUGUAAACUCGCAGCAUUGCUAAUGUGGUUUCAUCCAGCGUAGGCACUGUACCAUAGAUCAGACGCUUCACACUAUUGUGGCUGUUUAACAGAGCAGGUGUAGUUUAUUCCAUGUGUAAGUAUUAAACUGAAUAUUAGAACUAUGUGAGCUAUGUUUACAUCAAAUGAUCAUCUUUGGUUGUUGGGCUUGUUUUUUUUGUUUUUUUAAAGUAAAUUGGCACUUUAUGUGUUUCCAGCUUUGUCUGCGUACAGUAAAUGUAAAAGUGUUUAGACAUUUUGUGGCCGGGCGGGGGGGGGUUCUUGUGUAAAAUCAGGUGUAAUGGACGUGGAUAUCCAAAAAUGAUGGCACCUGUAAUUCCUGCUGUUUGUUUUUAUGUUCACUUAUGAUUUGCAUGAAUAAAUUGGAUUUGACAUUU